AAAUUACACGCACAUGCGAACACUUGGCUCUUUGUGCUUGUAUUUCAAUCGCCUGCAGUGGUUCCUUGUAGUCGCACGCUGACGACGCUCGCCCUUCGUCAGAUUCUUUCGGGCAGAAAAGCGACGGCAAGCGAACUUACGCACAAUCUCCACGUAAAACUGAAGUUAAAAACUUAGUGCUGCCGACAGUCAAAUGAUGAUCACGAGGUUCUUAGUAUUGCUGUGGCUCAGUAAUUGGGUAAUCGGAACGUUCAGUGAAAGUAAGACACGAUUUAAUUGUCUAAAUACAUUGAGUGUUAAACUAAUCUAGUAAAAGUAUUCUAGGAACUAUUAUCACCCAACCUACAAAUUUGUUUAGACUUGUGAAUUAUACUCACUAAAAACAAGUCUGCAUUUGUCUUAAAUCAGCAUAAUUACUAAUGGAUUUUUCUACAUAUCACCUUUCCGGCCAUUUAUGUCACAGAGCUUAUUGUUUUGCACAAUGCUCCUUAGAAUCCAAAGCGCGAGUUCUACAAUGUCUUUCAAGACAUGAACGGGUAAUUGAUAACCUGUAUAUUACAACCUUCGUUUGAAAAACAGCCCGUAGAGACCCAAAUACAUUACAUUAAACCGAUAUUAGCACGAGAUACAAGUAGUUGAUCACCAUUUCAUCACAACAGUCACGUGCCGCGGAAAGCAGACGAAUUUCGCGUCCUCACAAUAGUCCAGUAAUUUUCUCUUUUCCCUCUGAAUCUAAAGGCCAGUUUGAAUAUUGCAUUUCGAUCAAUUAUCUUCAAAUCCUUUUCCUAUUAACAAGAUAAUGUUUUGUCUGUGUCAGCAGCGCCAGCUGCCCUUUUUUCGUAAGGCUACCGACCGAAUUUGCCGCAGGUCAAGUGAGGCAUGUAACUUAACAAUGUAGUAAAGAACAGAGUCGUUAGCUUGACAUGGAGACAUAACAUGUAACACUGUGUCACAGAUUCCGCACUUGGACGCUGUUCCACUUUACUACUGUAAUGAUCAUGCCAUUAUUAGGGUUAGGGUUGUCAUAUGUGACACAGGUCCAGCCUACUGUUAGGAAUAGCAAUGCCGAAAGCUUCAUGUGAGUAACUAGAAUAAGAAAGAUGGUAACUUUUAAACUUGGCAAUGGAAUCAAGAUUUUACAUGUUUUUCUGUAUCGUCACAAGCGUGAGACAAAGAGAAAAAAUCGUUGGACGCAGAAUAAACACGAAGUCCUGCGUCAGUAUGUAAGACCAUGAAACGACUCGAGACUUCACUUUUGUUAUUGCAAUCAAGAUCAUUUGGUUCCCGCCUUUUAAAAAAUUGAAUAAGAUUCUUAAGAUUCCAUUAAGCCUUCAUUUACGUGUCGCCUAUCAAUAAAGCAGUAAGUGAUUAUGACUCCAGGCUGAUCUCAGAGUGGUCAUGUGAAUGACCAAAGUUUUAACAGUCUGUGCGGAAGUCAAACGGUACUUAAAAUACAUAUUACACACAUGCUAACCUUAGGCUGAUACAGAACUUUAAAAAGGAAAAUUAUUUAAUGAUAAUACCAUAUAGACUCAGUAAAUAGAUUAAUAUAACCUAUGAUAAUAUCGAUAAGAUAUUUACAAUAAAAAAUGCAUACAACUUGAAAGCUAAAAUUUUCGAAUGACCUCAACUUUUCUUUAAAAAUUGAUCUAAUACCUUGAAAAAAGUAAUAAUGAUGACAAUUUUAUCCCAUCUUCAGUGUUAACACCUUGACUCUGAUAAUUGUUUUGGGUAAUUGUUGUUGCUUCUAGAAAUUUCCAGACUGCUUAGUCAUGCUGACUUACGCGCCAAAGAACUUUCCAGAACAUUUCAUCAAAUUACACAUUUAUUAUGUAAUACUCCUAAAAUAGUUCCCAUGUAAGCUUCUGGAAUGAUCCAGAACACUUUGUGAAUAUAUACAAAGACUCACUUAUGUAGUAGUUGUUGUUGUCUGAGCGACGGCUGUUUUGAAAGCUAUACCGAGAGAGAGUUACUGCGGACGAUGGCUUAUUUCAAGGAACUUCGGAGACAGCAGUGAGAUUGUGUCAUUGGUGAGCUAGGAUAUAGACUGGGGUGGGGUUAAUUAAGUUUAUUAACGAUAAGUAUUGUACUGCUUUUGGAAGUCGCUCCUUGUUAAGAACAUUAUUCGCUGUUUAAUAAAGUAGUUGAGUUUGUGGGAUUGUAGUGUUUUUCUGUCGGUUAGAUUAUACUGUGCUGUUGCUGAUUUUUCCAGUUCAUUAUGUUAACUGACAGCCUGCCUUAUUAGCAAGUUGACCGAGUAGUGUGACUGUCUGGGGAAAGGUUGUCAAGACAGUUAUUGGUGGAAACGACCUUUUUAAUAACCUUUUCGAGCAACGUUGAUAACGUUUAUAAACUCCGACGAUGACUUCAGCGCUAGUUAUCGAAACGUCAGUGACUUCUACCUAUUACAGACAUUUUCCCCCUCAGACGGUCACAUGACUUGCGUAAAGGACUCAACUGAUUUUGUGAUAAAGACUGCAAGUUCCUGUUUGUUCCUGUAUUAUCAAUAAAUUAAGAGCAAAUAUGUACUACACGUUUCGUUAUCACACCGUAAAUAAUAAUUUCUGGUGUAGGAAACAUCAAGACAAAUUCGUACAGGAUAAGACGGCAAACAGACGUCACUGAUGGGGAUGGGGUAAGUCACUAGUUGUCUGUAUGGGUCUUGCAGCCCGGACAAGUGAAAUUUGCGUCUGUAGGUUCAAGUCGCAGUUUUAACCUUACGGUAUUUUUAAUGUCGAUUGCUUGUCAUUGCGCCUGACUGCGUUCGCUUUUUACAUUAGGACCAACAGACUAUCACUGUCACAGGGGAACCAGGAGAUGCUGGAGCCGAAGGAGAACGGGUUGGGGAUAAGUAUUUCUCUGCUUUUGUGCACAUCUUUUUUCUGCUUGCGAAAAAUGAUGACUAGUCUACGUUUACCGACGCGGGUGCGAAAUUUACGUACACAACAAAGGACGGCAUACUCAUGUGGCUUAAAGGAGUAUUUUCAUUUAACUGUAAAAUAUAAAUUUAACUGACAACUGAAGUGCAUAUGCGAUAAAUAACUGAUAUGGUGCCCUGGCCCCCUCCAAUCUCUAUGGUUGAGUCAAAAAAUAAAGGCGUCAGUUGCCAGAUUUUCACACAGAUUUUUGGUUUGUUCGAAGAAAGGAAAUUAAAGAAAUAGACUACAUUUUAUUGCAGUAAAAAAGUAUGCUACACUUGUCUUUGUAUCAAUAAAACCUGUCUAUGCGACGAUCUGACCAUUGCAUACCCCUUUAAUGUCUAUUACAAUUAACUGGGUUCGACUGUAGUUUUGAAUGAAAUGACUCGGAGAAAUAACAUUUCAUGCUAUGCGUCCUGUGUGUCAAAAAUAAAAAACCGUUACGUUCACACACCUACGCCUAUCAUCAUCGCAUUUUUAAUAUCACUGUAUAAUCUGCUGCAGGGCCCACCUGGAUACACAGGACCCCCAGGAACACAGGGACCGAGAGGAUCACGGGUAAGUUAUCAAGAAAUAAAAAUAACCGAUCGAAAGCGAGGACUAGGAAUUAAUGGGUUAGUUAAUAUGGGAAGCCUGUGCCUUUGAAAAAUAGGCACAGUGCUUUGUCACUUAUCAGAAGAGUUUCAGUUUCAAAACUUAAUUUGUUGAGAUUCAACCUGGUAUAUCUACUGAAAGAUUUUUCACCACACUCUUCGCUGGCUUUUCUCACAAGGGUCCCCAAGGCAGCAGGGGUCAGCAGGGUAUUACAGGACCUCCUGGUCUCCCAGGCCCGCCAGGACCCCCGGGAACCACGCUGGUAAGUGCAAUUCUUUUCUUCUUAAUGCUAGGUUAGAAAAAGAAAUUGUCCUGCGCAAACUCACUCUGGCAAGUAAAGGGAAGCAGCCGGUCGAAGUGAGUGAAGUUGGUGGAGAAAUUUGACGUUUUGACACUGAUGCUUUCAUCAGAAACGUUAUGUCAACGUUGUGCAGGUUGAAAAAGCUUCGCUUCGAUGUUCUGUAAUGGGAUUCUUUUCAAGAUUCCAUUUACAGAUAAGAUGCCAUAAUCCCUUGUAGCGCUAAGGAAGGUGACGUAAGGCGAAGAAGCUUUUAUUUCUUUGCCGAUCUCUUCAUGACUCAAUCUGCUCAUGUUCCUCUUAUUCUUGUAGAGUAAGUUGUCUUCCUCUCAAUUGCAACUUAAAUUCUAACAGGUGGGAGCUUUUACAGUUAAGGUCUCUCAGCAAUCUUAUCAUCACAGGCAGUUUUCUUCAAAGAAAUUAUCGUAAUCCAUUCCCUACUGCCUCUUAUAAGAAGCAAUCUUCACGACACGAGGUGCCUAAGAAUGGUUUUGUGGCUUAAUCCGUCGCUAAUUGAAUUUUUGCAGUACGAGUCGAUACCUGGCGAAAAGGGACCUGUCAUUCGACCAAUCGUUGUGACAACAGCUGCCAUAAAAAUGAAGGUACUGAAUGGUCGGUUUUGUAAUCAGCCUCAGUAGGUGAUGAGACUGUUCCUCGUUGAACAUGAGAUCUUAAGGCGACGCGUGACAGUUGGAAUGGGGGCUGCGGAUAAGUACGUAGAGGGAAAGGGUGGGGUAGAGGGGGCUAGGAUGGUUGGAAGACUAUAAGGCUACAAGACUAUCUUACUGUUUAAAUGUCAAGCUGUAGAUUAGUAUAUCGUCAUCAACUACUGAAUGUUCUAUAAAAUAAAAACCUCACUCUCACGAAAUAAAGAGGAAGAUUCCUUGUUGUUGUAACCACACACAUUUCUCUUUACUGACUCUGUUAGGUAAUUAGAGGAGCUCCUGGAGCCAAAGGACUUCCUGGCUCAAGGGUGAGUGUUGAUUGGCUUGUUUUAGUCUCACUGUCAAAUCUAACUGAAAUAAAAAUUCUGAUAUCUUUGAGAGAUUUGCUUCAUAUUCUCACCAGGGCAUGAUGGGUAUUUCAGGAGAGCCGGGAGGAAUUGGUGAAAUGGGCGUCAAUGUAGGUACCAGUCUUCUUAAUUUUGAACAUGGAACUUCAAGUUAAACUUCGUUAGUAAUAUUUACCUAUGAGAGAGGAACCCACCAAUCGAAAGCUUUUCUUAGCAGUAAGACUAUCAAUAAAAGAUCCUGUAGUUUCCUUGCUUAAUUGAAAGCAAUAUUAAUUCUACCACGAUAACUUACAUUCUUCUAUUGUGGCUCCAGAAUUUUUCAGAGAAACUUGACGACUAGCUCUAACUUGUUAUAAUUCAUACUUUUUCUCGCAUAUCUUAUACAAUAUCCAACGUCUUCAGGGCUAGAAAACAUUUUCCUUUUUUUCAGGGAGAACGUGGUGAUCCUGGUGGACCAGGUCUGCCCGGAUUAGAUGGAACUCCAGUGAGUCCAACAAUGCUCUAUGUACUUUCAUUUUCAGCAGGUGACAAUUCAAAGGUCAAUGAUAGAAUAAUAAACAUUUUAAACAGUUCAACCUCAAUUUUCUACAGGGUGAGAGAGGAAAACCUGGCAAACAAGGGCCUCCUGGUAUGAAAGGAUAUCAAGUGAGUUGGACAGUUUUUUUAUUUAAUGUUCAGUAGAUAAUAGGAACCGUUUUCACCGUCGAGAGAAAAACAUUAACGCACAAAACUGAAAGAAAUAAUGUGGUUGUAUUGUGCAUCUCAUUUGCAACUGUCUUGUAAAGCAAACAUUUUGUGGAGAAUCAUCAAUCUUAACUAUGUAAACUAUCUGCUAAACCUUACAGGGUGGUAUUGGCGACUCUGGUUAUGAUGGAGUCCUGGGUCGUGAUGGUCACCGCGGAAGGCGUGGUAAACCAGGUCCUAAGGGUUUCCGUGGUGACGACGGAGACGAGGUAAGAAUGAAGUCAAGUGAACUGUAGAACGCUGCCUUCUUAUUGUGAUAAGGCAUCUGCCUUGGAGAGAGCCUUAAAAGCGAUAAUCCGUGAAACUGGAGCCAGAUCGGAAAUCUGCGGACACGCAGGUUAACCGAUUUGGCUCAAAUUUUGCAUGUAAACUUGAAUAGGGGUUCUAAUCACGAAAUGGAUAUUUUCAGACCCUUGCCCGACAUUUACGGACUAUCGCUCUUAAGAUAAGUCAAACUCCUGAGAAGGAAAAUUAGGUGAUUCACAGUGACGAAGAGGUAAGAGUUCAGAGUUUGCUUGUUGCAGCAUACGCACCCAGUAAUUCACUAAAAGCCAGACAGAUCAAAUUUAAAUCAACGUGGAUUUAUUUUAAGGGUUAAUUUGUCGCUUAAAUUGGAGAAUACAAGAGAAAAAAAAAAAACCCCUUCAGUUUAUUUGUGUUCUGAUGUUCCUUUUAACAGUGACGUCUGCCUUCUAAUCAGGGGUCCGUAGGACCGGAUGGGACUCAAGGACUUGACGGUGAACAGGUAAGGAGACUGAAUUAUCUCAUCUAUUACAAUAAAAUAAGGUUGUUACUUUUGCAGUUUCUGCUCCCCAACAUCUGAGACAAGCUAACACCGGAGAUUUAAAGAAGGUCAAGACCCACUAUUUUCCCUUGGAGUCGCACAUGAUAAUAAAAACGUUUGUGGUUUUAUAAAUAUAUAUAUAUAUAUAUAUAUAUAUAUAUAUAUAGGAAGUCUGCAAGUCGAUUUUUGCGUAGAACAGUGCUCAAUACGUUGAAGCAAAGCAGAAUAAAUAUUAUGUAUUAUAUAUAUAUGUAUAUAUAUAUAUAUAUAUAUAUAUAUAUAUAUAUAUAUAUAUAUAAUAUAUAUAUAUAUAUAUAUAUAUAUAUAUAUAUAUAUAUAUAUAUAUAUAUAUAUUUUUACAUUUCGUAAGGGUAGUCCAUUGUCUCUUUCAGGGAGAUCCUGGGCCCCAUGGAAGGCAAGGAACUGUGGGAUAUCCUGGUGACCUUGUAAGUCACGUCUCACAAGAAACGGUCUCAAACUUCCGAUAUCUUCGACCAGUUGUUUCAAUGUGCGAUAACUGUUUGCACUGAACAUUUCCUUAGGACUUAAUAACUGGUUUAGGUUAACGCUUGUGACGUCCUCCAAAAACCUAUGCAUAAUGUUACCUGACUUUGGAAAAACAGAAUGCUUUUAUUAACAAGCAUGGGAAACGUAAUUAAAUGUGGAGCAUGCACGGAUUCAGGUCUGUAAACAAUAAACAUCGGAUUUUUGCUUUUACCGUGGGAUUUUUUGUUUUAGGGAAGUCAAGGUAAAGCAGGAGCUGAAGGAGACAUCGGGCUUGAAGUAAGCAAAGAGAGAUGUCUCUUUAUCAAAAAAAAAAAUUAUAACUUAAGCUUCAAAUAUUUAUGUUACGGUUGGCGACUUUUCUCUUGUUAAAUCGUUUCAAAUGUCUCCCCUAUCAUUCUGCCAGGGAUCUAAAGGAGUAGCAGGGCCUCCUGGUCUCCCAGGCCCCCCUGGGGAGGUAGGGUCAACGGGACAAGCGGGUGAAAAGGGACCCCUGGGAUAUCAGGGGGAGAGAGGCUCCAGGGGCUCUACAGGAACUCAGGGGCCCCCUGGAAACAGUGGGGAUGACGGCAUCCAAGGUGGUCCAGGCUUCAAAGGAAGACAGGCAAGUGAUGGCUUUGUUGUGUCCUAGUGAUACUCGUGGCAAUAAGCUAUCAUUAUCAAUAAUUUAGAUGAAGUGUUAAAUUAUAGAGACUCAAAAGAAGAUAAAUAUAUGUUAUUUGCCGGCUAAGGGUCGGUCCGUAUGGUGAAAAACUGUGACCGAGGUCUUGAAAAUAUUGCCCGAGGCCGUAGAGCAGCAUUUUCAAGACCGAGUCAAGUAAACUGGGUACUGGCAAUAGAGGUGAUGCAAAUUCAAGAGAGAUGCCUCAGCGAAACAUUUUCGUUUCCGUAAAGAUAAUUUAAAAGGCUUCCAAACAAACUUUGAAACAUUAUUUUUACAAGUAUCUGUCACAAUCUGACACCUGUCAAUUAGAGAGCGCGCGAGUAAAAAAAGCGUAAGAACAUUUGAAAAACAACGGAACUAGUUUGGCAAGGACUGUCACGACAAUGUUUUCUUCAAAAACAGUCAAUGAUCUGACGGAAAGUAUUAUUCACUCUCAUCGACGAUUCAUUCAUGUACGAAGAUUUACCUCUGUUCAUUAAGUAAACGGCAAUGAAAGUAAUUGUGAGUAAAUUCAAUUUUUUUUAUUUUGAAGUUGUGAGAGUUUGCUCGUUUGUUUGCUGCAAUGGCUUGUGUAAAUCUGGUCUUUCCUUCACAAAAACUAAAUUCGAAUGGCACACUCCAACGAGACACAAGGGGAUUUAAUGCGGCCUUUUCUCAAAAAAUUCCUUCAGUUUCUGUUGUGCAAUUUACGGUACAAAUGUUCAAAUUGAACGGACCUGGAAAAACUCACCGAGAGCGUAUAUUUCUUGUAGAACUUAAAUUAAAACUUCGCUCGCUCUUUCACUGCGAACAAAUUGCUUGAGAAAAUUCAGGUAUUAAAUGAAUGAAAGUUCCAUCGUUCAGUUUUCAGUUGUGAACGAUUAAAAUUAAUUGCAGACGGGUUUUAGGCCGCUUGUCAACCAACGUAAUGACACUAUUGUUUAGACAAAUUAAUUCUGAAACCAAUAUUUUUCUGUCAACCAAAGCGAUCUGAGUGAGAGAAAAGAGAAGAUUCAUAAGUUAUUCAUCGGCUUGAGGUGGUGACCGACGUGUUUGCUUGAAAAUACUGCCCAGCCGACCCACUCACGAAAGCGUUACCGUGGCCCGUGGGCAGAGAUAGGAAAACAAUGACCGGGUAAAGAACCAAUCAGAUUGCAAGAUUCGUUACCGUGCCCUCUCAAAAAAAAAUAAGUGUAGUUAUCUAACUACUAAAAGAUAUAACAAUUAUAAAAACUUCUUAAAUUAUGUACUUAAAAGAAUGUUUCCCAAAAGGCCAACAGGAACCCGUUAUCUAACUCUUUUUUUGUAGGGUGAAGUUGGUAUCAAUGGACUCGAAGGCAGUCAAGGUCCUUCUGGAGAAAGGGUAAUUCGAUACCUUGAUACUUCUAAAACAAAGCUUGGAUCGUAUCUUAAAAGUUGCUUUAAGUGAUCCUUUUUUCUCAGAAACUAAGAUUAUUUUUAACCACUCUUGUAUGCUGAUUUUGAAAUAGGGAAUUCCUGGAGAUGCAGGGCCAACUGGAGGAGACGGUCCACCGGUAUGAUUUGUUUAUUGGCUCCAAUGGAGCAACAUUCUUUGUAGCUGAUUGGCUGUUUGUGUCGUGUCAAAUGUUUAGUAUCUUAUUCGUGUGUCUUUUUAAACUUUAAUACCUUUUUACCAAUGAAUAUAACUUGUCGUUUGAGGGAAUUCAUUCAAUUUGACAAUGUAUUUGCGCUUUAAUAUUUUAGGUUGAGGGGGUGGAAGACGGACAGUAAGAUAAGGAUAACGUUUCAUAAAAUACAUAAUACGCUCUGUUGCAGCUUUACCUUAACAAAAUAAGCACAAGCCAAACAAAAGAAGCCACGUUAUACGGUGUUUAAAAUGAAAUAACAUCACAAGUACGCAUAGGUAGCUUUGAAGUAAGUGCACGGUGAGUAAGAGACAUCAGACUAACUUGAUGUUAUGCACUUUGAAGGGUAACUACGGAGAACCUGGAGCGCGCGGAGGACCUGGGGAUAAAGGAACAACGGUAGGGCCUUUUGAUCAUCUUUACUUUUAUUUACAACAUAGCCCUCGAGUAAAUAUCCGUGGCACCUAGGAAAGACUAAUUUAACGAAGCUUUUUUUGUGGCUAUUGCCUCCUAUAGGAGGCGAACCACAUAUGUCGUCGAAAGAGUGGGUGAGUGUAACAAUAGCAUUCCCGCCGAUCUUGACCCAAUCUUGGUCAUAGAGCGCUAAUUCACUUGCCAAUUUGUCACCAGACAAUUUUUUCUCGAAUAGUUCAAAAGCCAAUCACGUUCAAAGCUGUACUUUAAAUCAACCAAUCACAACCUUGGUUUCGAUCACCAUAGAAACAGUGUACUGACUCUUAAUUGGGGCUUUCUUCAAAAUGGGGAAUUUCAAAGCGACAUUAAACAACUUACGCUUCCUUUAUCAUUCUUUAAAUUAUAAAUUGCAUGAUUAGUUAGUAAUAAAACUUCGAGCGUUCGCCCUUCGCCAAUCGCUCUGACGAAGGGCUAAUGCUCGAAACGUCAGCUUUCAAACUCUUUGCGGUGACCAACUUACGUUAUCAACUCAGUUGGUUAUACUAAAUCACCCUGUUAUGCCGAAAAUAGUCGCUAAAUUUGCCAAGCGAGCAAGCUGCAAAAUACGAUACCUUGAGCUAAUUAAAAGAAUAAUAAAACGGAGGAACGGUGGAUAGGCGGAAUAGCAGAAUAUCUUAAGACGCGGAAUGAUGGAAUAUUCUAAAACAUGGAAUGCCUUUUUGUAUGAAGUAAAAGUCUCAAAAAAUUCAAUUUCAAUUACAUAAGAAAAUGACAUAAUUAACGGGCGAAAUUAAAAGAAGAACCCUAACUCUAAUCAUUGUUGAGGCUCAGAGCGGGAUAGGGGAGCAUAAGACUUUCGAUCUAACCUCUUUAAAUAGUUUUUAUAGAACUAUUCUUAUCAUUAUUACUAUUGUUAAUAUUAUUAUUCGUUACCAUUUAAUUAUCGGUUAAAUGUCAAUUAGACAAUAUAUUCUUGAAUAAUUUUUUGUGGAACAGGGCACUCUUUGAUAUGUGGGUUGCAGCAAGUUUUCUGUUUUGCAUGUGAGACAAAUCUAAUUCUGCAGCAUUACCUUGUGGCACCAUUAUACAACCUCUGUUUCUAUUCAAUACUAUACCAGUAGCCACAUGCAGUCUUUGACGGUCUGUUUUCCUCUUUAGCUGGUCCCGUCUGAAAAUUCUCACCGUAAAGUUUGGCAUGAUUAGACCACCAUUCUUUAAAUGAACCGCAGGAAAAUUGUUGUCAAAGAGAAAUCUGUAGAACAUGUUUUAAACAAUAUAAUAAUGUAACAAAUAAUUACAGUGAAGAUAUCAGAAUCAAUUAAAUAACCCUCUUUAUUGGGUUUUCGCCAUUUAACUUACAUAAAACUAGUCAAGAAAAGGAAUAAACUACAGUCGAACCAAUAUUAAACAGCACCGUUUUAAGUGGUCACCCUGUGUUAAGUUUUCUAAGUCCCGAAAUUUUGCUUCUUAAUCACAAUCAUUUUCAUCUCUAUUCAGCGGUUGUGGUAACUCCUGACUGACUUCUAGCGGCCUGUUUGUAUUGUCCUCCACCUGUACUGAACGGUCUCUUAGAACGGAACCACUUAAAUAAUAAUAAUCUCUCAAGUAAAAUUUAAUCCAUGUUCAUCUCCCGAAAUCAAAGUUAGUAGUACUUUGGGCGGGUUUUUGUACACUAAGUGAUCCAUUAUGGAAUAGAAUGGCGUUUUCAUCCUUUUGUUUAUUACCCCCAUUCUAUGGAACCUAUAAAAAGUUGUCACUGCGUCAUUAUCCAUCCCUACAGCUUCGAAUGUGGUCCUAUCAGGGUAAGCAAUCGGGAUAAACUUGACAAAAUUGAAAGGAACGCAAAUAAAUACGACUACAAAACAUCAGUAAUUACUUAAUCCAGGUCAAACUAUGCCGAUCAAUGUGCAUGUUGAACUUACAUUUGGCAACUUCAGAAAUUUACCUUGUCCAGUUCUAUAGCAUUAACUACCACUUACUUUGUCUUUUUAGGGUCGGCACGGAGCUCCUGGGAGUCUUGGUGUUCCAGGAGGACGUGGACUUAAGGUAAGGGGUAGAGAACGACAAAGGCUCCAUGAAAAGCUUGAGAUUCACAGUCAUGCUGAUUGAAGACGUUUGUACUUCCUUCGUUUUUCUCUCACUGUAGGGAAAACAAGGUCAUCCAGGACCACAGGGUCAGUCUGGUCGUGAAGGAGAUCAAGUGAGUGAGUCUGAAAUGUGAUGUGUUGUUACUACAGUUAAUGACCAGCAAGGAUAAAUAAAGUCCCCCCCUUUCAAGAUUAGCCCAAAGUGAUCUUCUCACGAUUAAAAGUCAAAGGCAGAACUAAAAGAAGAGGACAUCAGAAGCUUUCCAUUGAGAUCAUGUCAAUGUCAUCGUAAGGACUUACUUAGGUAUUUUUUUAAAUCAAGCAACUCACCAUUUCUACUUACCUAGGGCUUUAACUGUGGCCCGUGCUACGUAAUCAUCAGACCCCGGUUGUUCAAAGGUUGGAUAACGUUAUCCACUGGAUAAGACUCUAUCCGUUGGAUAGCGCUAUACGUUUUGCUAUCACUUAUUCGCCGGAUAGCGUUAUCCGUUAUAUUGGAUAGCGUUAUUCGCCAUUUAUACAACUGGGCCCUGGAUGAGAGCAGCCCUUAAAAGGACUAUUGUCGGUUUCAGUGACGUUCCGACAACGUCAGGGGAAGUGAAGUGAGAUUUUUGUUUGAAAAACUACAAAAACUUAGUGUUACUAACAUGCGGAAAUUGAGUGGUUUUGCGUGAUCUGUACUCUUAUCGACAACCAUAUUCAUCAUCACGGUGGUCAAAAUGUUGCGAACUUAUGAAGCGCAACCGAGUGAGCCCACAAAAUUUUGACCACAUUUCGUUCAAAUUUUGACCACUGUGAUGACAGUAUCGUCGAUAAGAAGAAAGACCACGCUAAACCACGUUCUAUUUGUUUUUUAUCGGAAUAUCGACGUCAAUUAAUUCUUUCAGUGCGUGUGAUCCAUGUUUGAAAGCUGAUAGAGGCAUUGUGUGACACGUUGAUGCGAGCAGCAUUGUCUGUACUCUUAUCGACAACGGCAAAUUGGCCAAUCGGAUUGCGACAUUACUGCCAAUUGAAGUUAAAUAUAUGUUAUUUUGAGAAAAAGCAUCAUGCACAUCGUUACUAUUCAAACGAUCUAUCGAAAUUCUACUUGUGCUGCAAUCUAUUUUUGUUGUGUUGACAGGGAAUAUCUGGUGGCCUAGGCCUGAAUGGAAGAGAAGGAUCAACUGGUGCUAUGGUAUCAUAUCGCUAUCUUGUCUUUCAGUGUAAAUGCUUCACCAUUUUUAAGUUGUUUUUCCGUUAUUAUGGUUAACUAGAUAUCGCAGAAAAGCAUUCUGAUUAACGUCCACACACAUCAGUCGUGGCACAAUAACUAUACUAUGGCUUAAUAGGAUUUCAUCACUAUCAGUGUUGUUCUUGGUAAAUUUGACAAACUCUAAAAUGGUGAAAUUACCGAAUUAUCAUACAUUUGUCUGGACAUAACGAUUUUGCUCUUUUUACUUUGUAACAUUAGGACAUGCUGUUAAAAGUUAAUUUUUUUUAAAUUCUAGGGCUCCAUGGGUCACCGAGGAAACAGAGGAGAGCGCGGCAGUAAGGGAACCAAAGUAACCAACAUGUUUACAGUUAUUAUAAUUAAACAUUGCCGGGAUAGAUAACUAUCAUUACUAUCAAUAACUUAAAGGUGCUGUUCCUUUUGUGGUCAAUUCCUAUUUAUAUUAAAAAAUAGUCAUUGAUAGGUGUGAGUAUCUUAUAAUAAAUGGUUGUUAUUGUGGUGUGAUGGUGCGGGUCACCUAUUGUCAACAAGCGAACAUACGUAAGGAAGCUAAGCAUUCAAUUUGGGAAACUACAAAAUUCCCCUUUAAAGAAAGACAAACGGCCUUAUCAGUCAAAAUUCACAUCCUGUUUAUUAUUCUUUCCCUCCCUUGAUAGGGUGGAGGAGGAAGAGCAGGGCCUCCAGGAUCACCCGGUCUUGUUGUAAGAAAUCAUCUUGUUGAAUGACGAGGAACUAUGUCAAAGUGUUGAGCAUUCCUUCUGGUUACUUUUAUUGAUGAUUUUCAUUCAUUUUGAUUUGAACUCGUGCUCCUGACGAUGAAGACUGAUCUUUUGAUUAAAAUAAUAAUAACCAGGAAAACAAAACAGAACAAAAGAAAAGGAAAGGAAAAGAUUGCAUGGGAGAGAACAUUUAAGAUAUAAACGGUUCAUAGUUAUCAUACCUUACAGUACAGCUCCACACUUUUUCAAAGAUAUCUAAAGGCAAAACCUGGAAAUGUAGAUGUAUAUACUAGGAAUCAUUGUUGUACAAGUGUUCUAUCGGUAAAGCGAAACCGGUGAUAAAGCGAAACAGAAGUUCUCUCUGAGAGCCACUAAGUUAUACGCAAGAAUCUUUUACGAAAUAAAAAUUUUCCUGCUUGAAUCCAGGGUCUCCGCGGGUGGCGUGGUCAGCUGGGAGGAGUAGGGAAGCCUGGAAUCCCUGUAAGUUGAAGGACUUGAAUAAUACAUGGCGUGCGUAUAUAGUUCAUCUUCGAGUGUUCAACCCGAUAGCUCACGGGUGAGCGCAACGAGCGAGUAAGAUAACCAGUUAAACAGGAGAAGAGAAAUUCCAUAUCUACAAGCAACCUGAAUUGUUUUGUUUAUUACAUGAACAAAAUAACCCUUAAAGACGAAAAGAGUCCGCUCUAUUAAUGAAUAAAAAAGUGAGAUCCACCCUCGAAGAAAAAAUUAUAAAGUUCGUUUCUCGAUAAGGCUCAAGAUGAAAAAAUGUGUUAAAUCAUUACAAAAACAAACAAUUGCCGUAACUUCCAAUUUACAAAAAUUCGACAGGGGUCGACUUUUUCCUUUCUGACAGAAGAAAUAUUUUUAGGUAAACGGCCAAAAUCGGCUGUGGCAAAUCUUCCAGUUGUCGAUUUUCGUUCUCAGCCGCGAGAAAUGCUAUUACGAAAGGCACUUAGUACGUAACUUUUGGUUUUUCUUUUUGUAUUUUGGUUUUGUUUUCCGCCUGGGAAAUUUUGAACGUCACUGCCUGUAAGCAAUAUGAAUUUUCAGUGUUUUGACAACCAUAAUCUGAGAAGAAUUUGACAAUCGACGCUGCAUAGCGAUAUCAAACACACAUAAAAAACUAUCGCAUUAUUGCGGCUUUUCUGAAGGCUGGAAAUCCAUGUAAAACACCGCAGUUUAUAUGAUAAACGAUACUAAUAACGCGGGUAGAAGGUAAGUCCUGUUCAGGGUUCUAAUGGUCACACAUUUCACGGUUACAAGGAAAAUUCCCGGAUAAUGGCUAUGAUGAUGAUUUCGAUGGAAAUCAGUACGAAAUAGUCACAAACCUGAUUUUGUGGCAUUUUAACUUAAGGUUUAAGACUCCAUGCAGUUACAAUUUAAAAUAAACAUGAUUAUUUCUUUAUCUUUUCCAUUUGCUCGUAGGGAGAACUUGGAGACAAUGGCCGGCCUGGUAGACAAGGGAAGGGUGUAAGUUGACCCUCAGAUUGCAAGUUGAAGCCCGAUAAAAAACAUCUUAGCUUGUAGAUUUGUAUCUUAAUAUGAACAUGGUUUAUACAAAUUAUGCAAUUUUAGGGUUUGGCUGGUGUGGCAGGACUGAUGGGAUCAACAGGAAAGAAAGGACAACGGGUAAGAUGACCCACCGGAUUCAAGAAAUUUCUUUUAUCUUUUUAGUCUCUCUGGCCGUCCUGGCAAGAAAGAGAGUGAUGCGUAGCCAAGGUUAUUUGAAGUGCUGAAAACCAUAGCCAUGAAUAAACAUAUCAAGAGUUUGCAGUCUAACAACAUUAUUUGCAUUUGUUGAGCAAUCGAUCGAUCAGAGUCAAUGCCCCAUUAACGUCAGUUAUGGCUAAGGUAUUCAUUUAAAUUUGAUUUUAGGGUCCUCAAGGAAAACCUGGAACACCUGGUUUGACCGGUAAAAGUGGCCCUAAGGUAAUAAGCAGAACUGAGGGUACAGUAAGGAAAACUGAAAAGAUGUUGAGGAAAUAUGUAGAGCAGCUGAUCCUUCUUUAUUAAAAAUAAUCAGAAUACUUAUUCGUAGCAUCUCUUUCUAGGGAAACAGGGGUGCAGCUGGGGAGCCAGGCAAAGUGGGAGCCACAGGACAAUUGGUGAGCCCUGUUAAGUUCACCGAUAGAUUAUCAUUCAUAAUAUUUAUCCUCUUAUACAUAGAAAUAAGAGAUAGCAAAGGGAUUCUAUUUUCUAACAAUGCGAGGUGUUGGCAGAGAUGCAUCUACACACCAAAUCAGAACCUUAUUUGAGAAGGCCUUUUAAUAAUGUUAUCCUUGCUUCUUUUUUGCAGACACUUGUAUCUUAGGCUUUUUGAGAAAAAAAGCCAAAAGCAGUCGCUAGAAAAAUUAAAUAACAGUAUCAAUAUGCCUCAUUUUCAGGGUCGCGCGGGACCUGGUGGUGAAACAGGAGAACAAGGGCUUCCCGGUGACAUGGUAAGGAACUGUAUUUGAUUGUAAAUAUCAUGUAGUGAAUUACUGCUAUUGUGAUUCAUGAGUGGGUGCUACCAUCUCAUAAAAAACCCAACUGGACAAACGUACACAACCAAGUAUUACCAUUAUUGUUAUUACUAUCAUAAACAUAAUUCUUAUCAUUUUAUAAUUAUUAUCAUCAAUAUAGUUAUGUUGUUGUUAUUAUUAUCAUCAUUUUCAUUGACACAAAAAUUACAUCAAAUCUGUUUUCUUUUACUGCCUACUCUUAAUAAAGGGUGAAACAGGCUCUGAGGGUGUCCAAGGAGAAAAGGGCGAGCAGGGCAGAAUGGUAUAAGAUGAUCUUCUCUUUCUGUAUUAGGGUUUUUAUGUCAUGCUUAUCUACACCAGUAUUAAUCUCUUACUAACCAAAUACAAGAGCCAUACUGGGGAAGGUCAUCCGGAGGUUGUGGUAGUACAGAUCGAAUGCAGCAAGGUACAUUAAAGAACAACUGAGGGCCAAUAUUCCCCAGUAUGGCUCGAGAAAGUGAGGUUAGUAAGUAGUUAAGAGCAUAGCACAUGGAAGGCAAAAUUCCAACCAAGUAAAAACCAAUCAGAACUUUGGUAUUUUCCUCAGAACUACCUUGCCUUAUAAAAGAUUAGAUUACUUCUCUUUUACCAGGGUUUGAAAGGUGAUCGAGGAGAAAAUGGUUUCCCAGGAAGAGAGGUAAUAGCUUUACUGAAAAAUGCGAAUACAAAAUGGUUUUCGUCUAAAGUCAGUAACAACUUUGUUGGAAGAAAAAGCAACAAUAAUAAAUAUUUCAAAGCUGGAUGUUUCAAGCUUUAGCCCUUCGUGAGAGUCCUUAGCCUUUCAUGCUGACACUCAAAACGUCCAGCUUAGAAACUCAUUAUAAUAGCCAAUUUAAAUUAUCAACUGAGUUAAUAAAACCAAAUUUAUCUUAUUAUACUCCCCCACCGACGCAGCACCACGGUUUCUUUUGAAAUUUAGCCUCUUUAUUCAAUAAUAAACAUUAUCACAUAGAACAACUCCUAAAUGAGUAAUUCAAGCUAGAAUACUACGGCACUUAAAAAAAAACAAAUAAACAAACAGAAACAAAGCUCCGAUGGGUUAAAUGUUGACAAAACUAAUUGGAAUAACUUGGCCCUUGGUGAGUGCAUGCAUGCUCUAGAGUGAAUUCGAGCACAUCUGCUAGCCUUGUGAUGUUAUAGAAAACAUUAAUAAAUAAUCGGAGAAAAAACAGCUCCUUGUCUUAAGAAUGAAAAACACCACCUUUAAAUGUAGCCAGUGUAGUGUGAAGAAGGCUUAAUUUAAUUUCCUGGUAGGGAGAUGCCGGUAUUUCUGGGAUGGAAGGAGAAACAGGAGACAUGGUAAGCUAAACCAAUUUUUAUUGCUAUAAAUUAGUUAAGAACUAACUGUUCUGUUUCUUGCAUAAACUGUGUGUGGUGACACUUUGUUUUCUAUUAGUCCAUGUGGUUCAUCGUGGGCUCGUACCAUUUCUUUGUCUUAACUGGCAUUGUAUCACCCCCAAAUCAACAAGGAAAACAGUAAAAUUGAUCACUACCUUUACUUUUUGUUUUCUCUUUCUUGAUACAUUUAAAUGAAAAUUCGAAAAAUUCUACUGAUGCAUUAAUUAAGAUAGCCAAUAUCAUGAGAUUUCCUAAAAAUAACAUGUCUAUGGUCUACUGGAAAAUUUGUAUCAUUAUUUGCAAUUUUCAGGGCAGUGUUGGACCACAAGGCAUUCAAGGAAAUAUUGGCAGACCGGGAAAUAUGGUCAGAAAACAAACAUUAUCAGUCAAACUAAAACAUAAUAAACUUAAUUUAAACCGCCUCCCGGUUAGCUCAAUUGGGAGGGCUGGACUGUCUAUGACUGUCGUUAAAUAACUUUAUAAUGAGUACCUGUACUCAACAUUCAAGAUCCUCUAAGAGCUCGUUGGCCAAAGGCCUUCUUUUAUUUCGGGUCAGCGACCCUUGGCGACAACCAGAGUGGAACGAGGCCGAAAUGAUGAAGGCGACUAAAAUUUAAAGAUCGAAAAAACACGAGGUUUUGGACAGACUGAGAAUAAUAUAAUAUACCUUCUAUUCCGAUAUAAUACUUAAAAAAAUUUUGAAACUAAUACCUUCCAAUCACAGCGGUCAACAACUAGUUCGAACCAGAGCCCUGCAGUGCAGGAAAAUGUGCUACCUUUCUAUAAUGUCAAAAAAUGGAUAGACAUUUUAGUCUUCUCGGAUAAGAACGAAUAAACCGUAGGUCCCGUCUCCUGCUUCUAUUAAUUAGUCAAUUUGGUUAGGCAGGGGACGUUAAAGAACCCACUAACGAGAUUACUGUGAUGUGGCCUGGCCUGUUUAUUGGGAAUUGGCCUUGUCAUUGUUAACGCGGGAUCCACUGUAAUUGGCCAUAGCUGUAGUGGUCUCCCUGCCUGAGAUGAUUAGGCGAAGCUAAAUAAAUAAAUAAAAACUGGGAAAUUUCAAAUUAAAGAUACAAUAAAUACUGCUUAUCAAAGAUAUUUGAUGUUAAGGCUUUUUCCCUAAAAAUUAGAAUGAUUUUGAUAAAAUGUCCUUGCAGGGAUUGCCUGGACCCAUUGGAACAACAGGACAGGAUGGAAGCCUUGGUCCACGGGUAAGAGAUGAAGUAAACUUUUCACACAAACUUGAAUCUGUGCUUGGAAAUAAAUCUUUGUAUGGGUGUCACUUGUAGGGUGCAGUGGGAGCGACAGGUGCUGUGGGAGAGCCCGGAGUCAAAGGGGAAAUGGUAAUUAUCUCACCUAUUUUGACAAAAAUAUUCCAUUUUACCAUUUGUCUUUCAGAUAUAGAUUAAAGAUUAUAUCAGAAGAGGUUAAGAACUUAAGAACUUAAGAAUUAAAAAGUGUCACAUGAGUUGCAGUACAGUCCCCAGUUGUAUUUUAUUUUUUAAGGGGUCACUUGUAAAAUCUAGAAAAAUCUCGCACACAUUCUAAAAUUGCUGACCCUGAUGAACGAACCCAAAAAAACAGUACAAUAGAUUUCAAGUUCAGAGUCUUUGUUGUUCUCACUCCAGGGACAUGCAGGUUUGAAUGGCCGACCCGGCCAAUCAGGAUCGAUGGGACAAAAGGUCAGCACUAGCUUUGAUUGUUUAUCAUCUGGUCAUCACUGAUACGAAGAUGAGGCUAAAUAUUAUGAUUUAUGGGAAACCAUUAGAAGCAAAGGAACUAAGAUACUUUUCAACAAUUCAUACUUGUAUGAGGGGGUUCACAAUAAUUUUGAACAUGAAAUUCAAAGAAAAUAAUUGAUAUCAAGACCUACAUAGGUGGCUGAUAGAUAUUGUGCAUUUGUACCACAACUUACCAAGAGUUGCGUUCAGAUAGAUUUUCUCUGUCUGAUUAAUCUUUUUUUUUAUGCUAUCACGUCAAUUAUUAAUUCUAGGGGGCGAGUGGAGAAAAUGGAAAGCAAGGAGAACGUGGUCCAGAAGGAAACAGGGUAAAAUACAUAUCAUUACUUAGCAUUUGGUAUGAAAGUUAUGAAGUUUAGGGUAAAAAAAGGUAGGGAUACGCCAAAAUAGAGUAAUCUGUUCUUAAAGGACCGUUUCAAUGAUGUCACACUGGGACCCCUUAAAUAAAAUAAGACAAAAAAUGCAAUUACAUCCAACCAAUGCCCUUGUAGCCUGUGAUAUUGCUCAGUACAGGUUGACUCUUAAUACAGGUUCCACAGAUUAGAGGUAUUCUAAAACACAAUAAACAACGCCACUUAAUGCCAUAAUUGGCCAUAUAAUGUGCAGAAUCUUGCUUGAAAAUGUUACUUCGAUCUUGGGAGAGAAACAUGGAUUAAAAUUAUUUGAAAGAUUAUUCUUAGUUUUAUUUGAGUGAUUCAGCUUUAGGUGACCACUCAGUACAGGUGGGGGACAAUAGAAACAGGCAGUUGGGACUUAAUAAAGGGUGACCGCGACCGCUUAAUAGCGGUGACUGCUUAGUAGAGGUAAAAAAAUUAACGUGAUAGUGGAGAAACAAAUUCAGGAGUUACCAACUGUCCGCUUAAUGCAAGGUGACUGCUUGACACAGUAUUGACUGCGUAGUUACUGAAGCUUUAGAAACUUUAUCUGAGAAUUUUAUUUAGAAAAUAGUCAAAUUAUAAAACUUCCAACCAUACUUGGGUAUAGCAGUACAUUAUGAUACACUUUUGUGAUUUCAGGGAACUCCAGGCAACAAUGGUUUGCCUGGACUUCAUGCUGCUCAGGGAGACACGGUAAGAGAAGUUUUUCAACAUCAGUUUAGAGCUUUACACCUUAACAUUAUCAUGCAUUAGAUUUUUGGUUCUUUUACGUAGCGGAUAGACUUGAGAAACUGAACACCUUGAUCUAUUUUGUCUGAAAACAAAACAUAAUAUCUGUGUGUAUUUGUCUUCUCCUGCAAAACAAUACAUCCCUUUUGGCUCCUCACAUGUCUCAAGCACCUGCGUAAAAAUCCAUACUCUGAAUAUGAUUGUUCUUCUCUGUCAUAUUAACAAGUGUGACAGCAUACCAUAAUAUCCUUUGACUCAUAGGGCGAGAAAGGAGUGGCUGGUAUUAAGGGUCUCAUGGGAUAUAGAGGUCAAACGGUGAAUAUGCUGUUAAAUUUCUACCUUAGUCUUCAGCUUGGCUGGUUAUAAUCUUUACAUGUUUAUAACAAUCAUAUAAACAGGUUUAUUUUUCACUGAUCUCAGUCCCAAUCCUGUUUUAAAAUCCAGGCCAUCAUAUUGGAGCGAUAGUGCAAUUGUUGUUUGUUCCUUACUCAGGGUCCUGUUGGAGAGAUGGGUCUUCAAGGGCCAACGGGUCUAAAAGGAGCUAAGGUACAAAAUAAAAUGAUACUUUCAUUUCUAUUUUUAUGAAUAUUCAAUUACCAUACUCUAAAAAAGUUAAUAUCUGAAUGGGGCAUUAAUUCUACUGAUGAAAUUUUUUAAAAAUGGGUAAAGAGGCGCAGGAAGAGAAGUAGUGUUUGGUUCAAGUACAUGUAAAGAGGUGAAGAUUUCCAAUUUCCUGGUGGGAUGCUCUACCUACUCAACUACGAUGAACUAGUUUGUGAGUUAGUAGAUGCCUGUUUUUAAACCUAGAAAAGUACUUAGUUCAUAUUUGUGGGAGGAAUAAAGAAAGCACCUAAUCCCUGUCUCGUUUUUGCUUGCCCAUCUUUUUUCCCAUUUCCACUGACCUUGGGCCUUGCACUAUGCCAGUCCUGUGUGGAGAAUUGGUGCAUAACAUGACACAUUUUGAGUUCAGAUACUAAGUGAAGAAAAACAUUUCACACAUGCUUAAGACUAAGAAAAACUAUUUGGCACUAUUUUACAACCUCAGGGUCCAAACGGAGAUGAGGGAAUGACUGGAGAAAGGGGAGAAGAAGGAGAACUGGUAAUAUAACCAUCAUGUUGUCUGACUUGUUCAGUGUGCAUAUGACUGCAUAAUUGGAACUGAAGGACAGAGACCAGUUCUGUGACUAUGAUGAAUGGUGGUUUUAAUCACCUCCAUAUACUUUUUUGUCAGGGAAUUGCAGGUUCUGUGGGUGCAAAGGGAGAAGCUGGUGAUAGAGGAGAACAGGUCAGUAAUAUUUACUCAACCCACCCAAAAGAAUAAAAAAUCAUUGAUUCGCUUCUGUUGAACUCUCUUUUGGAAUGCAACUGAAGGUAGAGGAGAUCUGAGUUACAUUGAAGAAGGAAAACAUUAUGACAGGUAGACUAAGAUAUUUAUUGUAUUACAGUGUCCCUGUAUGUGAUAUGUUCUUUUUGAUACUACUCAGGGUUUGGAGGGAGCUCCUGGAGACUUGGGAAAUAAAGGAGACCCUGGAAUACCGGUACAGUUGAAGGGUGGGGUGGGGUGAGGACAUUCACGUGUAAUUUGCUUGAAACGAGAUGCAUUCUGAAAGGUCAAGGUGGCCAAAAACCGUAUUACUCUUUGGAUUGAUGUUUGCUAGAUUACAAGUCAAAUUAUGAUUUGUGGUAAGCUUCCCUUAAAAAAAAAGAUGUUUUCACAUACUAGGGAGAAGCUGGAUCUGAGGGAUCUCUUGGUGAACGAGGACAAAAUGGCAUUAAGGUAGAGUAUAUACUGACAUGCUAAAGCUGAGUUGAUAACCGCUUCUAGAAUUUUCAUAGGGCAUCUGAUUAAACGAUUAACUUGAUGUGUUUUUAAUACAUUCGACAGGGACUCAACGGUGAUUUUGGACCUAAAGGUUCUCGAGGCUCAACAGGAUUUCCAGUCAGUUCAACUUCGUUUUUUAUUCAUCUUUUAAGAAUUCAAAGUCUCUAAGGAUUUAUUGUGGAAGUCCCUCCACAGACAAAGCAUGUAUAACGUAUUAAGCGAGAUCUAAGCUAUUACAUAAACUCUGUUUCAUUGCAGGGCUCCACUGGCUUAACUGGAAACCCUGGUGAGCCAGGACAAACUGGGGCUCAGGUAGAGAAGUACAUUCGUAUAUCACAGCUUCAAACCCGCAUGUGUCUUUUGAUUGCAUAAUAUGUAAAUACCCUGUUAACCUCGACAGGGCCCUGUAGGACCACCAGGCGUAAAUGGACCUUCUGGCAGCAAAGGACCAAUCGUGAGUAGUACCCCAUGUUUUGUACCUUCUGGAAACACUUUUUUGAUCGUGCAAUCCAUAACAAAAGUACAGCAUCAAUCUGAUAUACUUCUUAUUUUGUACGAGUGGAACUUAUAACCUCAAAGAAUCGAAGUGCAACUUACCUUGAUGUUCAGUGCGCCCAGUUGUUACUGACAGCUAUACUAUAUGAAUUGGUAUAUUUGCAGGGACUAGUUGGUAAACGUGGAGCCACAGGACAAAUUGGCGGAGAAGGACCAAAGGUACAAAAUGUAUUCGUAGUUUUAACUUUCCCAUGAAAUAAUAACGAUAAAUUGGUAAGAAAAAAGAAAAGAAAAAAAACAUCGUGUCCAAACUCUGUUAAUAAGUACUGUUAUUACUCCACAAUUAUAAAAUAAAAGCGUUAAGAAAAAAUAUCCAAACCUUGGAGUGCAUUCACUUAGCUCAAGCACAAUUACCCUUGUCAUUAUUAGAACAACUGCGUCUUCAUUCAUUUGAUCUUUCAUUUAUUAUUCUUAUUCUUUCAAAGGGAGAAAGAGGAGAACCAGGUAGUGAUGGUGAAGACGGCACAACAGGGAGAGAGGUUUGAACGAAGAGAACUACAUUCAUCUACUUUUACCUACAUUCAUUUGCCGUUUCGUUCAUCGAAUACUGAUACCGCUUCUUUUACUUCGUUAGGGUAGCAUUGGACUUCCCGGAAAGAAUGGGAACCGAGGAGAAAAGGCAGAUGAAGUACGACAUAGAUAACUCGCGAACUAUGACUGACUUAAUAACUGAUGUAACUGUCAAACAAUGUUUCUCACCACACAAUUUCCUUUCUGUUUCUAGGGUCCCCGAGGUUUAAUGGGGAAAAUUGGACUGGCUGGAAAACCAGGUGAAAAGGUAACAAUGGUUUCCAAUGGUUAACUGCUUCCUCGUCGGUAUUUUUUUCACUACUCAGUUAUUUUGAACUUUUUCAAUAAGUUUCAUUAAUCAGUUAUUAUCUUGAUUAUGUCAGGGUCUUCCUGGGGCAUCUGGUUCAACAGGUGCCUCCGGUCUGCAAGGAGUUAAAGGAAUGCAGGGAGCUCGAGGAGAUCAAGGGGCCACAGGACAUUUUGGGGAAGAUGUGAGUUGCAUAUUGUUUUUGGGAAGACGUGAAAUGCAAAUUCUUUAGGGGAAAGAUGGAAGUUUAAAAGUUCUUUUUUUUUAAUAAGAUAUGAAAUUCAAAUUCUGUGGAAAAUGUGAAUUAAAAUUCCUUUUAGGGAUCACUUGAGGGAAACAUGUUUCAAGUUUUUAGUGAAAAACUCUGGGCCACGGAGUCAGUUUCAGUUCCACUGAUUCUAUUGCCAACUGGGGGACUUACAGAUACAUCGUACCUUAAGAGGAAAAAGUGUCUUUCCUGAUUUCGUUGACGGUGUGUUCCGUUUAACGAGUCGGUAUUUAAUAUGACGACUUUUCCGAUGUUUUUAUCAGGGUCGUCACGGAGUCACCGGUUAUCCAGGCUUACCUGGGAAACAAGGGGUCAAGGUAAGUAUUUUAAUUCAGAAAUAGCCUGCGAUCCAGGCUUCUUAUAAUUGUGCAUUAACGUUACAAGCUUGCGAUUGUUGAUCCAAACGGCCAUUUUCACUCACUCCCUUGGUUGCCGUAUAGUCAAACAUAGGAGUUAUAAUUUUUACCGAGGGAAUAGUAAGCAUUUGGUCACCAAAUUUACGCCUGCUCUGCAGGCAAUACUGGACAUAAAGUCAUCUUUGAUUUCUGAUUAAGUUGGAAUCAGAUGCGGAUGUCAAGACAUAACUGACCUCUCAUUGUGCCUUUCCCAGGGCGACUCUGGCGAGUUAGGAGAUGAUGGCACUAGAGGAAGAGCAGGGGAAAAGGUUCGCAAUGUUUUUAAUCAUAACGAAAGAACAGGUACAGGGUGCGGUCACGUUCUGGGAUACUUAAAAGCACGGUGAUCCAAUGGUUUUCAUGGUUGACUACGCUUGAUGUAUCGAUGAAUGAAACAUUACAUUGCCGCCCCGCCAGGUUCUGGUAAACUUAAGGCUGUUCUUUGCUGGAAUUAGUCGAUUGAUGUCCAGUCAAGGUUGUUCGACAUUCUUCAGUAAUAGAACAAAUGUAACUUCAGACCAACAGUUAUGGAUACAAACCUCAACUGAAGUGUGCCGGUCUUUUAUUCAGACUUAAUAAAUGUUGACGAUAUUUUUCCAUAGUUAGGAGACAAUUAGGGUGGACAGGAUGCGCUUAACUGUUUCCGAAAAAUUUCCGGACAUAACGAAAUUUUCCUUUUAGACAUACAUAGAAACGUUGUUAUAAAGUUUGCCUUUGGUACAACUGAGAGGAAAAACUCUAACAGGUUGGGGCCUUGAAAUUUGACAAGCCCUUAAUCUUUAAAACGUGACAUGCCUUUUGCUUUGUCAUGAGCCCAGCGGAAGACAUGCUUAAACAAAGGCAUUUCUUAUGUUUUAGAUCAAGUGUCUUUCCUUUCAUCUGUAGGGAAGUAGAGGAAUCAGAGGCGCGAAAGGACCCAUAGGGUCUAAAGGUGCACAGGUAUGUCAGUCAUCUCUUGCUAGUUUUUCAUUUUUAUCAUAAAGCUGUGGUUGUAUAUGUGAAGUUUAGCAAAAGUUUAAAGAUGUUUUACUUCUUGUUUGGCAUUAGUAUUUUAUUUAUUUAUAAAAUAUGGCUUACACAUAUAUUUAGGGUCCUCUAGGUGAGCCUGGUCUCGUAGGACCGUUUGGACCAGCUGGACCGCAGGUAAAUGAUUUUCUUUUAACUCUUCAAUCUUUGAAGUUCACGUAAGAGCCCUCCAUGGAAUCUUUUAGGACCGCUACAGGGAAUUUCCUGUAGUUUCUCUUUUGCAUAACUAUAACAUAAACAUAAAGUUGAGUUCUCAGUAUCCUGUCAGAGGCAUUUUCAAAGGUAUUUUCAUAUAGUCUGAUUAAGACAGAAAAAAUUCCCAUCGUAGCCACUUUAGUGUGUGAUAAUUAACAAAUCCUUUCUGCUACUUUGAAUCUUAAGGGAGCUGGCGGUAUCAGAGGAAGCCAAGGAUCUCCUGGGUUACAAGGAAUUCUUGUGAGUAAAGUUUGCCUUUCAAGAGAAAAACAGGCAGAAUUAUUUUAUAUCGUUACAGAAACAUGUGCUUUCACAAACAUCUACAACAUGAGAUACUAACUAGAGCACAAAUGAAUAAAGCGGGUAAGUUUCUAAGGAAAUUGUGGUGCUACAUCGGUGGGAGAGUAUAACAGGGUAAUUUAGUAUUAUCAACUGAGUUGAUAACUUAAAUUGGCCACCUUAGAGAGUUUCGAGGCUGACGUUUUUAGCGUUAGCCCUUCAUCAAAGCGAAUAGACUACUAGAACAUACUUGCAGCCAGUGAAGUUCUACUACCUAGGUCACACCACCAAAGUCAUUCUGCCUAAGUUAUACUUUCUAAGUAAUUCUGCCCAAGUUAUAAUUUCUAGUCAUUCUGCCUAUAUCAUACUUUUGUAUUAAAUGUCCAUCGCUUCUUAGCGAUUGCUUAUGACACUUGUAUUGAUGUCAUAAUUAUUAUUCCUUUCUGGAUCUUUUAGGGACCACCUGGUUCACCAGGAGGCUUUGGAAACAAAGUAUGAUAAGUAUUUGAUUGAUUCAAUAAAGAAGCUAUUACAGAAGCCAUUACUUUUCAGGACCAAUUUCAAAAUUAUCCCUGGUAAAACUGUCUUCUAUUCUGAUUUGCUUCCAUGCUAAUACCUAGCUAUAUGUUGUCACUUUCUGAAGCAAAGUAUUUGAUAUAAAAUUCCUUCCACGUGGCUUUCAAUCAAAGUUGAGACUAAUUGAAGAGAUAUGUAAACUUUACAAAGAUCAAGCAGUUGCUUUCGGCCCUUAUAUUUCAUGUGGUUGUCGGAGUUUUCCAAUGUUUCAAUGUCUUUAUCAAAGGCUUUUGAUCCAUUUCUCUACAGGGAGAUGCUGGACCACAGGUAGGUCUAUUAAAAGUAUAAAUUAAUUCUCAAAUGAUAUUUCAGUAACAGUUCACCUCAUGUACUAGGUUAACGUAGAACAUUAGCAAAGAAAGUGCUCCGAUAAUUUGGUAAAUUUUUGCUAUUGGAGUUGUGGGUGAAAGAUCAUGACCACGAUCGCAAUUGUAAUCACCUUAACAGUAUAGCAAUCCUAUUUGACCAAGUCCUGACGGAUUUGGUUUAUUUUUGCAAACUGAUGUUAAUGAAAGAAACUUUUGGAAAACUUGUUAAAUCAAUAGUUUUUAAGUAGAAUCAUGAAAAUGCUUACAGACCAUUGCAUUGCAUUCAAUGUUAAUUGUAAAAUUGUCACGCUUACAGUGAGGUUGAUCUAGAUUGUUUUCUUUCCUUGUUCUACUACUGUAAAUGUGACAUCCAGGGACCAGAUGGACUUCAGGUAUUUUUCAUUUUAAAACUUUCAUGUAACUCCUCAUACUGCACUUUAUUAAGCUAGGUCGAUGUUUUAGGGAAAAGGAGACGGUAGUUGUAUUUGGGUUAGGUUACAGUUCACUUUAAAUUUUUAAAACGAAGGAGUGUGGCUGGUUCUACUAUUAUGAGUUUAGCUUUCAACAGUUGAUGAAAAUUAUUUUUAGGGUCCCCCAGGACCGUCAGGUGCACCAGGACAGGCGGUGAGUCUACAAUGUGAAUCAAACCUAGCAUUUACUAUUAAUAGCCACUUUGAUUAUUGCCAUCAGUCCAUCAUACUUUCCUAAAAACUUGACUGAAAAAAAGUAAUAAAAGUCUUCAUUUCAAUUUUGUGAGUUUCUCAUCUCAUUUAUUCACAGGCAGAUAUUUCCAGCUGGGUGAGUAUGUUGUGUUUUCCCUUUAAUACAGACUCUCUUAUCUUUGAGAAAGGCCCAGUAAAAUGUGGUUCAGGAUAGCUUUUCACGCCCUCUGUUUCAAGUUUGCCCUCUGAUGCUAUGUUGCUUAGGGUUUAUGUUGCAUAUUCACAAACUCAAUCACGUAAAAUACAUAACUUUACGGAAAAUUUUUCAAGUGAAAAAGUUCACUCAGAAAAUCCAAAACAGUUAUGACCCCUACCCCAAAUAACCUGGGUUUGACUUCCUUAAAACUGAAUGGUAAAGACCAAGUUGCAUUAGUUAAGAAUACCGUAAAAUGAGUGUCAUCGUCAUUCUUACUCUCUGCUGAUAAUCUUUUCAAUUUUUUUAAAUUUAAAUUAAGAUUUCACAACAGAGGUAUGGAUUCCUUGAGGAGUCUUUGACUCAGAGUAAUACCAAGUCCUCUCUGUACAAAAGUAAAAGUUUGGUAAGUAUAUUUUAUGAAUUACUCUCCAAGUUAUGCAAUACCUUUUCCUUUGAACCCUGGUUUAAUUCUGUUGCAACCAACAUUAGCUCCGAAAUGAAAGUACUAUAGCUUGUAAUCUGUUCACUGACUCCUGUUUUUUUUUAAUUAUCGUCAAGAGGUGGAGCUUGAAAGUGGUUGCGAACAGACUUCACGACUUCCCCAAAGUGUGCUUAUUUGAACUUCAUUUGUGCUUCCUCAUUCCUUUAUGUUUAUCAUCAUCAUAACCUUUUUUUUUGGCCUGUAGUGAACUAACGUUCUUACAUUUUCCUUGCAGCCCCGACAGACACUAAAAACAAAUUCCAAACAUAAAGAGGUGGUAAGUUCCUCUAACAUUGUCAUUAAUAAACUCUUAAAUGAUUUUUCAAUAACACACCACUCUUGCGUAAGCCCUUUAACGUAUUAUGAAUCUAUUAUAGUUACCUUGUUCAGUUUUCACUGUACCCCCACCAGUAUGCAGUGACUGACAACAUGUAAGAUUAUAACCACAAACAGGGUUCAUUUAUUGUGGGACUGUAGAAGAAUAAUUACUGGGUUUUUUUUUUCCUUUUUUCGAUUUAAGACAAACGGAAACUACUUAUCCCCACAUGAUCCAUCCGGGUGGAGAUAUUUUGCAUCCCUAAAUAGCAGAGCCUCAUCACUAACGUUACAAGAGGUAUGUUUCUCCGCACAGGAGGAGAGAUUUACCGGAGGUCUGGCACUAGACUCCUUGCAGACCUCUCACCCGCGAACGAAGAGACACUCGUGCUGCCGGAAGCGCUAAUAAUGAUGGCCUUUACAUGACAAAGUAUAUUCAUAAUUUAAUACCCCAGGUGUUACUUAUCUAGUAUGUAGGGUGGCGCUUAGUAAAUUAGCUCUUGUGGAUUUCUUUUCUUAACAGGGAAACAGUCCAGUUAUCGAAGCCAUAAAUAACCAAGUCCAGUCGUUGAUAACCUGCAGACGAUUUCUAGGUACCAGACGUUACCCAGCCAGAACAUGCCGAGACCUGAAGCAACUUGAGCCUAAUGUUACCAAUGGUAAGGCAACAUCAUAUAUUUUGUUAAGAAUCAAAUGAACUGUUGUACGAAGAAAACUUUGCAACUUUUUUUUGUUCUUCACAAUUGUAAUAAUAUCUGACAGAUAAUUGAUUUAUUUAUCAAGGUCACUUCUGGAUCGAUCCCAAUGGUGGGCCAGUGGAUGAUGCAGUCCGAGCUUAUUGUGAUUUUCACUUUAACGCAACAUGCAUUCACCCAAAAAAGAGUAAGGUAAGGAGGAAAUCAUAUUAUUACACAGUCCUUAUUACAUAUUACAUAUUAUUACACAGUCCUUAUUACAUAUUACAUAUUAUUACACAGUCCUUAUUUCUUAUAACAAACUUAACAUGUAUGUUUGCUAAAAGGGUGUUGCAAAAUUUGCAUGAGUAACUCCAUGUUUUUUCCGACACAGACAGAAAACAAGAAAUGGUUCUUUGGACCUGACGGGUACAAGUGGUUUUCUAAGGAAUUUGAUGAUCUACCCCAGGUACACACAUAAUCUUUGAUUUACACCUUCGGCGAAUUCUUAAGAUUUAUAAAGCCGUGACAAACAGCUUCACCGAGCCUGUAAUAUUGACGCUAAUUUUUUUCUCAUUCCAACAAAAAGCAGUCAUUUGUUUGGUUUGAGCGCUACAGGUUAUUUUUAGAGCAGGUGGGCGAACUUACACCGGUUAAUUUUUCGACAUCAUUUUUUUGUUUGUUUGUUUUUGUUUUGUUUUGUUUUGUUUUUGUUUUGUUUUUGUUUGUUUUUAUAUGACCCUUUUAGUUCCGGUCUUGCAGUCCUGGGGAAAGACGGGUUAUGUAAUAGUGUAAUUUGAUCGUCCGGGUGAGUGUAGUCCUGAGAAAGACUGUUGUCGGUAGUGGUGACUGACGUUUCGACAACCUGAGCGGAAGUCAUCAUCAGAGUCAAGCGAAUGGCUGUUGUCAGUCGAAUGUACUUAGUCUGGUUUGUAUGAACUGAUUGGGCAGUUUUGUCGUGAUGUUUUGGCUGUAAGACUCAAGUGGCGUAGGUCAGUCGUGAUUGGUCGGUCUCGAUCCGUUAGUGACGUUAAGUCGUUCUGUUCGGUUCGUUUGUAAUGUUAAUGUCGUGAAUAAGUAUGGUGCCGGUAGGGGUUGACACCUGUUGAGAGGAGUCUGUUCCAAGUUCGUAAACCAGCUUUCCAGGGUUAGUCGUUGAAAGUAGUUGGUGCUGUAGGUUAGGCAUUGCGCAGAGUCCCAGUCAAUAGUGUGGUUCGUAAGUCGGUGAUGUUCAGCAAUGUGAUUGUUGACAUCGCCUUUCCUCGUCGCUCGUUUGUGUUCAGUCAGUCUAGUGGUGAGGUUUCCGCCAGUCUCACCGAUGUAGAAAGCGUGGCAGUCGGAGCAAUCGAUCUUAUACACUGCUCCCUAUCUGUUCCUCGGUUCGUCUUUGUCUUUGACGUCAGUCAGUAACUGACGUAGUGUGGUAAUAGGUUUGUGAGCGACGCGGAUAUUGAAGAGUUGUAGGAUGCGCGAGAUGUUCUCAGAUAUACCCUUUAUGUAUGGUAUAGUUGCUGUGGUCGUAGGAGUUGCGUUGUCGUUAGCUUCGGUAGUAGUAGGUCGGUGAGUGUUACGUUGGAAGAAGUCUUCGUUGUAGUUGUUCUUCGAAAAAACUCGGUCAAGAUACUUGUUCUCGUCGGAUAAGGUGUUUGUCGUACUGCAUACUAGAAAAAAAACUGAAGUGUGUAGGGCUAGACGGGUUAUGUUUUUUUUUCAUCUUAUGAUCCGUGCAGCUCUCUUCCUACAGUCCUGGGGAAAACCGUAAUAAAAACCGACGAUUGUAGGGCUACAUGGGUUAUAUUGUCUUUUCAUCUUAUGACCCGUGCAGCUCUCUUCAUACAGUCAUGGAGAAAACCAUAAUAAAAACUGACGUGUGUCGGGUUAGAUGGGUUAUGUUGUCUUUUCAUCUUAUGACCCGUGCACCUCUUUUCAUGUGGUCCUGAAGAAAGCCAUAAUUAAGAUGGACGUGUGUAGGGCAAGACGGGUUAUAUUGUCUUUUCAUCUUAUGACCCGCGUAGCUCUCUUCAUGCAGUCCUGGAGAAAACCGUAAUAAAAACUGACGUGUGUAGGGCUAGAUGGGUUAACGUGAGCCUGUUCGGUAAGAGCCAUCAGGCACCGCACUCACACGGCUCUGUUGCAGUUUCCAAGAACAGGAAUUGCUUAGGGUUAGGUGAUGAAAUGUGUCGCAUUUUUCGAUAAAUUGGAAGUGUCUUGUUCUGUCACGAAGAAGUACAGGAAAACUUUUUAUUGCAUAAUCGUUUUCGUGUUUUUUCAGGGCGCACCCUUUUCGUAUAUAUCAUUGCUUACUCACAUCAGCAACAUGGGAAAGGGAUUAUAAAAAUGUUUUAUUACAUUCGCGCGAUGUUUUGCUUUAAAGUAGUGUCUAUAAUAUGCUUAAUUUGAGCAUAAAUGAAAAAAUAUUUCAGGUGAGUCGAGUAAGUGUAGCACAAAGAAACUAUUUACUCAUUGUUCUGCCGAAGGAAAACGUUUUCAAUGCCACUCAGCAGAGGCAGUCACAGUCAGUGAAAAUUAAGUUGAUUAAUUCCCUUUUGUCUUUGCAGUUUGUUUAUGACUGCGACCCAAUUCAACUGACAUUCCUUCGGCUGCUAAGCAACCGCGCAAAACAGAUCAUCACCUAUCAUUGUUUAAAUUCCUCUGCCUGGUUCAAGCAAAGUACUGGGAGCUAUGAAUAUUCCAUUAAGCUUAAAGCAGAAAAUGGAAUUGAGAUUUACGCUCAGGGAACCAUAAAAUACAAACCUACCAUACUUCUUGACGAAUGCAAGGUACGAGUUAAUUUAGUAAUUCUUGUUACGUUUCGUUGCCGGCUCACUUUGCAUGUGACUGCUAUGCAAAAGGUGUCAUGGUUAUUAAUCAUACAACCACUUUGUGAGACGCAGAUAAUACAAACAAUCACGAAAGAAACCUGAGAGUAGUCUGUACAGAAAUUAAAAUCUACUCCUAUUGGAAUAAAACAGGAAGCGUUACCUGUCAUGUUCUCCUUUACUGUUCAGUUUAAGGUUAUAUAAUCCGUAAGAACGUAUAAUAGGUAUUUGUGUGUAUCGUUUGCGAGAUAGUUUGUGUAAAUUGAGUUUCUUUUGCGUUCACUACAAUAUUUGAAAAGAUGUUAUUUUGAAUUUGAGAUGUUUAUAACAUGUUAUUAAUAUUCCCUUGUGUUAUUUAAGCCAUUUGCGAUGUUUCCAUAGUCGUUUUCUUCUUUUCAACUUGUAGAUUAAAGAUGGUGCAUGGCGUAGAACGAUUUUGGAGGUCAAUACUUCUAAAACACACAGACUUCCAAUAAAAGAUGUGGCAGUACAUGAUGUUGGAGAUUCAGGAGAAGAGUUUGGUCUUGAAAUUGGUCCUGUGUGCUUCUCGUGACGAUGCGAAUAAAAACAAGAAUAAAUAUACCAUAGGAAUCGGAAGACAGAAAGAAACUCUGUCAACUCUAAAAUUUACUGCAGUGUAAAAUCACUUCAUUUUUAGAUUUUAAAAAACUACUGUUAAGGUAAUAUCGAAACAUAUGGUUAUUAGUUUGGUAUCGUCUCAAAGUUGUGCCUGAAAAUAGAGGUAAGUGUCCUUUUCAGCGGCG